CCAUCUAAGUUGGUAGCGGUUAUAUCAUUCUCUUUACUAAAUUGUAUAGUCUGUUUUGACAUCUCUCAGUCCUUUUUCACCAUUCUUAAGGCCGAGUAACAGUGGGUAAUGAUACUUGUGACAUUCAUGUAAGAAGUAGACCAUCUAACGUAAUUACUUUAACCGUGGUAAAAAUUCAGGGGGUCUUCCCACAAAACUUUAACGUAUCCCGUGGAACGGGACUUUAGAAGCCAAUUAAAAAAGUAAUAUUUUCUUGGACGCGAAAGUCGCUCGAACAAACGUCUAUAACAUCUCCGUAGCGAUGUCCCAUCGCAACCGGAGAGAAGAAAAGAGUAAGCGAAGCUCUGAGAGUUCCGAGAGUUGACAUGUCCAAUGAUCCACACAAACAGAUCAUUGCACAAUUGUCGCAGGAGGAUGAGGAUGACUCUAGCGUUCGCAUCUUCCGACUUCCUAAAUACAUACGGCAGAGGCAAAAUCAUAUCCUCCAGCUGGAUUUCGAGCCCCAGGAGUUAUUCGUGGGCUUCUACAAGCAUACAGCACUCGACACAGAGAAUGAUGUUAUGAACGUGGAUUGCUCCAAACUUGCCAUAGCUCGCGAGAUCUGUCGGGGUCCGAUCCCUAGCGCUCCGCCAACGACCGUCAUCACAUCAUCACCCGUACGCACUCCGAAACCCGAAGUGUGGAGGGACUUCGUGUCCAGCCUGGACGAAGCCUUGAAGGAGGCGAGGCGACAGUACUAUCGGUUGGAGUCCGAUGUGACUUCCAUCGACAGAGAGAACGGCGUGGUCGCGUUGGAUGCUCUCUUCAUCGUGGCGUUUUUGCGCUGCAGCUACAGCUUCCAAGAUACCUGGGGCUACGAUUUCGAUCGCGUGUUUAGGCGAUGCAGCUUCAACGCCCAAAGGUUCGCCUUACUACAUGACCUUCUGAUGUUGGAGAAUCAGGUGCCCAUGUGUCUGUUGAGCGCAGUACUGAACCAGCUGAGCAAGGGAUCUGAAGGCCGGGAUCUACGUUCUGAUCUGUACCAUUUGCUAGAAUGGUUCGUGAUCAAAGUGUACCCUUUUCACCAUGGCACGAAAGUCAACGAGGAUCAUGAACCGCAACUACGACAACAUAUGAAAAAUUAUCACAAGCACGGCAUUGAUUCCUUCGUGGACUGUUACCAUCUUCUGGACUGCGCGUAUCUCGCAAUCUGUGGACCCCUGUCUUCCUGCACACCUUCGAGCUCAAAUCGGUACUUGGGGGACUUGGUCGAUCUCCCAUGCUUUAAGCCAUCAAGCAUCGGUGCACCGUAUUCACAUGCAGGACCGUCUCAAAAUGCGUUCAAAAUACCAUCCGCAACAACAUUGAGGCGGAUGGGAAUCACCGUGACGGUGAACGAGGAUUCCCUCACCAUGAACAAGAUAAAAUUCGAGCGACGUUAUCUCCACAGUUAUGUUCUCCUUGUGCCCAAACUCAUCAUGCAUGAUCACACCGCUUCUGUCUUCAAAAACCUCGCCCUGUACGAACAAAUUCAGGAUAGCGGAGCGAAUGGUCACCGAGGUGAGAUGAGGACCUACUUGUUCUUGAUGACAUGCUUGCUUGACAGCGUCCAAGACGUGCGUCUGCUGAUCAACCGGCGUGUGGUCGUAGACCAGGUGGGUAGUGCAGAAACCGUAUGCAAGCAGUGGAACCAAUUGUGUGAAGGGCUGUACAUUCCGUCGAACCCUCCGGAAUAUUGGAGGAAAAUCCAGAAGAGGAUUAGCGAGCUUGAGAGGUCCCGACCCAACCGUUGGGUUGCGGAGAUCAGAGAGAGGAAUUGUUCUAGUUUUGUGCUUUUUAUUUCCUUCCUCAUUCUGUCUCUUGUCGUUAUCUCCACCUACGUGUCCGCUAUCUUUCAAGUCCUUGCUUAUGCACUAAUGUGAUUGAUGGCUUUGUAUUCUCAUGCUUUUUCGCAUACAUUACAUGGAUCUUAUGAUCGAGAAAUUGUUUCAUCCUUAACGAUCGUCAUCUUAACAAAGCUCAAGCGGUAAGAACAAUGAAAUCAAGGGGUUAAACAAUAUUAUCUGCCACAUGUGUUUUGAAUAAGCAUAUGUUCACAUGUUUAUUUGUGCAGGGUUCGAUUGUGUACUUCUCUCAAUCAUAGUUUAUGAAUUUCAUCUGUCACUGAAACCUGACUCCUUUUGACAUUUCCGUUGUUAUUAUCGAUUAGCAUUUUCUUAAGGUGUCAAUUUUGUUUUCAUUUCCAUGCAAUAACAAUUGAAAAGAAGUAUUUAUGAUAACAUGUACUUAAGAUUGUUUGACAAGAAACGCAAUUAUGAAAAUCCUCAUUCUUUUUCUUG